GGCAGCAGAGGGAGAAAAAAGGCUUAAUUAAUUCAGGCUGGAUGGGAGGGAUGUUGCUGCCGUCCCUGCUGAGCCUCCAGUGCCUCUGCUGUCGUGCUGCAGGAAGCCUCGUUGUGUGUGUAAGUGUGUGAGCUCAGAGAGACGACACCACUCCUGCUUUCUGCUUUCUGUUUACCGGGAACCAGACACCGGUCAGCCCGGGAUCGGAGCCCCCUCUAUCUCCCUCUCUCUGCCUGAUCGGGUCUUCACUCUGAAACAGGGAUGUUACAUGGAGACCAGCAGUGAGCAGAGGUCAGAGACAGAGUUUUUGCUGAGAAACCUUGUGCCAACCUCAACAUAGUUUGCCAAACACUCUUUGAAACCUUUAUUUUUCUGGCAUUUAAAGUGACGAUUUGGAUAUUUGAGGAACCUCAGCAGCCUUCAGGACCCGCUGCUUUAAGAUAAAAACUUGAAAACCUGACUGAAUAUCACCAGCGCUCCAUGCGGCCUCAGCUUCUUCAACUCUCCGCCUCCUGUUUGCCCUCAAAGUGAAUCAGAGAUGACGUCCCAAAAGCUCUUCCUCUUAGUUUUAUUUCUCAACCUGACUCAAGGAUAACCGUCAAUCCCCAAAGAGGCAUUCAAGGACGUCAAACUCACUGACACAGAGGAGCCCCCCCCCCCUCCUCCACCCCCGGCUUCAGGCAGCAUGGGAGACGGGAGCUGGGUCUGCCUGAGUCCUGCUGAGUUCGGACAGCUGCAGAAAUACAGCGAGUACUCCACAAAGAAGCUGAAGGAUAUGCUGGAGGAGUUUCAUGGUGAAGGAGUCCUCUGCAAAUACAACCCCGAGCAGCCCAUUGACUAUGAAGGCUUCCAGCUCUUCAUGGCCACAUACCUGGAGAACGACAUCCCAGAGGAGCUGUGUCAGCACCUCUUCACCUCCUUCAAGAGCAAGACGGGAGGCUGCUCCCCCGAGCCGUCACGAGCAGGAACAAGCUUACUGGGGAUGAACGGGAAGAGCAUCCUCUCAGCGAUGGGUCGACACACACCUGAGCACUCCAGCGUGAUGUGCGCAGCCGGCUCAGGAGCCACCACCUCCCCGUGCUCAUCCCGCUCCUCCUCGCAGCGUUCAGGGACGGGGGCCCUCACACCCGGAGGGCCCCACAGGUCACCAGGCUACAACCAAGUGAAAACAUCAGAAGGCUGCAGCAAUGCGCUCACCCCCAACGCUGGUCCUGCAAGGUCACCGGUGUCCCCAAAACUUUCUCCAGAUAGGAGUCACUCAGAGAAACAUUUGUCGCUGCGGAGGAGCCCGUCGCCCCAGAAAGGCUCCCCCCUGCCGUCGCCCCAGGUGGUCUUUCUCAAGGACAUCGUCUGCUACCUCUCCCUGCUGGAGAGGGGGACACCUGAGGACAAGUUGGAGUUUAUGUUCCGGCUGUACGACACAGACGGCAACGGGGUCCUGGACAGCUCGGAGCUGGAUCGAAUCAUCAACCAGAUGGUGCAUGUGGCCGAGUAUCUGGAGUGGGAUUCGACAGAACUGAGACCGAUCCUGAAGGAGAUGAUGGAGGAGAUCGACUAUGACAGAGACGGGACGGUCACACUGGAGGAGUGGAUCAGAGGAGGCCUCACGACCAUCCCUCUGCUGGUCCUGCUGGGCAUGGACACGAACGUACAGGAAGACGGGCAGCACGUGUGGCGUCUGAAGCACUUCAACAAACCAGCCUACUGUAACUACUGCCACACCAUGCUGCUGGGAGUCCGCAAGCAGGGCCUCUGCUGCUCCACGUGCAAGUACACGGUGCACGAACGCUGUGUGUCCAAAGACAUCGCCGCCUGCAUCAGCACCUACGCCAAGUCACGCAGGCACACCAACGCUAUGCAGCACAUCUGGAUGGAGGGGAACUCUCCAACAAAGUGCGACCGCUGUCACCGAAGCAUCAAGUGUUACCAGGGCCUGACGGGGCUGCACUGUGUGUGGUGUCAGAUCACUCUUCAUAAUAAAUGUGCAUCCAACGUGAAGCCCGAAUGUGAUGGAGGAGCUCUGAGGGACCACACUCUGCUGCCCUCGUACAUCUGCCCAGUCGUCUUGGACCGUCACUCUGUGGUUAAACGAGGAGAGGGGGAGUCUCCGCCCAGCACCAGCCCAGACGACAUCAACCAGACCUUUAAAUUCUCCCCUGGAGAUGGACAAGCACUGCAGAUCACUCCUCUCCCAGGAUCUCACCCGCUCCUGGUUCUGGUCAACCCAAAGAGUGGAGGGAGACAGGGGGAGAGGGUGCUGAGGAAGUUCAGGUACCUGCUUAACCCCAGACAGGUGUACAGUUUGGAGCAAGGGGGACCAAUGAUGGGGCUCAACUUCUUCCACGACGUCCCUGAUUUCCGGGUGCUCGCCUGUGGAGGAGACGGCACAGUAGGCUGGAUCCUGGACUGUAUAGAUAAAGCUAACUUUGCCAAGCAUCCUCCGGUGGCCAUUCUCCCUCUGGGCACAGGGAACGACCUCGCUCGCUGCUUACGCUGGGGAGGAGGUUAUGAGGGCGGCAGCUUGCUGAAGUUCCUCCGGGACAUCGAGCACAGCACGGAGGUGGCUCUGGACCGCUGGAACAUCGACAUCGUCCCUGAUGACAAGGAGGAGAAGGGAGACCCCGUCCCCUACAGCAUCGUCAACAACUACUUCUCCAUCGGAGUGGACGCCUCCAUUGCCCAUCGCUUUCACCUGAUGAGAGAAAAGCACCCUGAGAAGUUCAACAGCAGGAUGAAGAACAAGCUGUGGUACUUUGAGUUUGGCACCACUGAGACCAUCUCGGCCACCUGCAAGAAGCUCAAUGAAUGCAUAGAGGUGGAGUGUGACGGCAUCAUCUUAGACCUCAGUAACACCUCCUUAGAAGGCAUCGCAGUCCUAAACAUUCCCAGCAUGCACGGCGGCUCCAACCUGUGGGGCGAGUCGAAGAAGAGGAGGAACUACAACCGCAUGAGCAAGAAGGUUCCUUACACGAUGCCCUCGAGCACCGUCACCGACGCUAAGGAGCUCAAGUUUUGCAUGCAAGACCUCAGUGACCAGCUGCUGGAGGUGGUCGGCCUUGAAGGUGCGAUAGAAAUGGGUCAGAUCUACACCGGACUGAAGAGUGCGGGACGCAGACUGGCUCAGUGUGCCAACGUCACCAUCAGGACGUCCCGCCGGCUGCCCAUGCAGAUUGACGGGGAGCCCUGGAUGCAGCCCCCCUGCACGAUCAGGAUCACACACAAGAACCAGGUCCCUAUUUUGCUUGGCCCACCCCAGAAGACGCCGUUCUUUUUCUUCAAGAGACGCAACCGGAGCCGCGACUAGGACACGAGUAUACAUACGCAAAACCAAACAUGAACAGUUCAUAUUCAUGCACAUUUAAAUGCCACCAACUGUAUAGGCAGCUCCAUCGGACGACUGGUACACGGUUCCCUGAAUGGAGAUGGAAAGUGGGAAGUUAAACAACGGGAUCACAAGUGGAACGUUCCUUCAAUCAGGACGCCUACAGACUAUUUAUUCUCAAAGGACGGCGCCCAAAGUGACAGGACUCUAAACCUACAGUACCAUCGUUCCCUGUGUAACCAUCAUCCUCUAGUCUCCUCUAGUCUCGUCUCCAUACAAUGCCCAGCCAUGGAUUCAGUCUCAGCCACUUGUAACGCCAAGCCGCACCAUGUCCAAACUACUCAGCCAUAGGCCAGUACUGCACUGCCCGCGUAAUCCAACUUGGGCUGCUGGGAUUCCCUCACAGCCCCGUGAAUGAAGUGGAGGAAGUCAUGGUGGGGGGGGGGUUAAACAAGUAGGUUGAAUGAAGAAUGAGGAAAAGCUCCAACACACUAUGGUGGAAAAUAGAACAGUGGUGUGGUGUGGCAGUAGUCAUGGUUGUUUACAAGACUACAGAGAGUAAAUAAAGUAAGAUCCACCUCCUCUUUAAAACACCUGUAUGAAUAAUGGAUCAGUGGUUGCUUGUAAGAGCACUCGCUGCAGUUCUCCCCGAAGACUUAGAGCACGGUACGGCCGAGAAUGAGAGUGGAGGAAAGAGUGUAAUCAAUUAUUGAGUUACUUUGUUUGUGGGUUGACGGCAGUGGGGCGUAACAGUGGCCUGGAAUCGUUGGAACAUGCAGGGAGGUUAGCCCCUUAGCAUCACUGGCCUAUAAAAGUGGAUCCUGUACAGACCGGAUCAGCAGGCGGAGGAAGUGUCUGGUCCACAAGUGCAGUUACCACCACAACAGUCUAGCUUGAAAGAAUAGAUUGGAAACAUGUGUAGUUCAUCUUUUUUUCCCUUCUUCAACAACUCAUUCCUCCUCUGAACAUGGACUCAAAAUGUUUAGUAAAGGGUCUAGAAUGUUUCAGACCAGAAGCAAAGCAAGUUUUCCAUGCAUGGCGAUCAAAGUCGACGCAAGAAAGUUUAGAGAUAUAAACUCCCGUCAUUCGCUUGUUUGGACCAGUUAAAUGAGUGCAUGUAUCAUAGUUGAUAUCCCAACCUGCAUCAAAAAUGGACAGUCCAAACCCCUCCCCAAAAAAUCUAAGUUUCUGAUGGGGGUUGGUUUAUCUUUUAAAUGCAACAAUGCAAAACUGUAAGGCACUACAAGACUAAAACAAAGCCCUGAAAGCUGGUGUCUAUUUGUCAUAAACGUUGAUUUAAAGGUCACAUAUUAUGUGAGUCGCAAGACAUUCUUGUACCAAUCAAACCGAACCUGUUAAAGUCAACACAAAAUGUGAAGAGAUUCUAAAUUCUGUUAUAGGCCUUUUCGUUGGGCUUGUAUGAGUUGAAUUUAUUUUUAAACUCAAGCGAGAUGGUGCUGAUGCUGCAUCAGAAGAGCAUUUCAGGGUCGAUGUUCUCCAAAUGUUCCAAACUUCCAACAGAGAUGGAUCCAAACUCCAUUGAAAAUCAAAGUUCAGAGGUUGUUAGUUUGUCUUGUCCUGCUCGCUAACGGUUAGAGCAAACACAUGAGGUAACAAAAAGCUAAAAGUUGUAAAGAAAUUCUUGUACUUAGCCAAGCCUGCCCGAACUAACAGUCACCAAGCUGGCUCUGGAGAAGGGGUAGAAUUUAAACAAGCUUUGUGCGGAUCCUGAUGACCCCAGACACAAGGGCUAUGUUAGCAGGUUUUAUCUUUGUUUAAUAAAUAUGUAAGGGUAACGCAGUGGGAAAUCUAGCCUCGCUUCUGGUCCGAGUUAAGCUUAACACUACCAUUCAAAUUGAAUCUACAACAGCUCCAGUGAACUGUGUGCCAACGGAUGCUUCUACUGGGUCAAGGAUUGAAAUAAAUCCCCUCAAGGGUAUAUCAUCAUGCCCCUGGGGGUUUAUUUACCACAGGAUUGACCAGGGGAGGGGGGGGCCUAAAUUUAUCCCUCUAUUUCAGGGAUGGUGUAUCUCUGCUCCAGUGAAACCCUACGCCUAAUUACCGUGUCAAACAUCAGCUCACAAUGUCAAGUUUGCUGUCACAGUGCAAAUCCCACAGCCUGCCCUGCCUGCACAGCACUGCUGGGUGGCUUUAACGCAUUCAUGGUUUGUUUAACCGAGCCAAAUAAAGACGGGCUGGAAAUAGAG